AUGGACGACAAAGAAGAGGAGCCACCCCCAGAAACGCCCGAUCUCCCCACAAUCUCCAAUGAAAUCGACCGCUACAUCUCGUCGCUGGAGUCGGGCGGCGACGCCGUGCCCAUCGUCAUGGAGAAAUUCCUGAUGCUCGUGGAGGAGAAAAUGGACGGCUACGAUUCGAUGGAGAGCCACGUGAAAUGGAGGCGCCUGAGAGAGGAAGACGCGGCGUGGUUCCUGGACGCCGUGGAUCGCGUGACGUCGCUGUCGAAUUCGCUGGCCAAUUUGGCAUCCGAUUACAAGUACGCCUACACGAUCAACCGCGCCGGCAGCGUGGUGCAGCGCGCCAUGUCGUAUUUGGAGGGGGAAUUGAAGGUGCUGCUGGAGGAAUACACCGCCGACGACGCCGACAUCACCUCCGAUCUCAUCCGAAUAUCCAAGGCCAUGCUUGCCGGAAGCCACAAGGACGAGUGUUGCCACCUCUACUACGUGGUGCGAAGAGACGCGCUGGAGGAGCACAUCCUGCAGCUGGGAUUGGAGAAGCUCAGCAUCGACAACAUCCACAAGAAGCCAUGGGAGUCGCUCGAGCGGGACAUCGAAUUGUGGAUUCUCAAAUUCACCACCUUCGCCAAGGACCAGUUUCCGGCCGAGCGGAAUCUCUUGGAUUCCGUCUUCCCGGCCCACCCCACCAUUCCGGAGACCCUCUUCCGCGGCCUCACCUGCGGGAUCACCAAGCACAUCCUCAAAUUCGCCGAGGCCGUGGCAAGAAGAUGGAGAAUUUUCGAUGCUUAG